UCGCCCGCCGGCUUUUGAACGCUCUACGUGACAACACGCGGUGAAACACUCCGUGUCUCUCUCUCUUUCUCUCUCUAUUUCACGAGGGGAAACUCGACACGUCGCAUUCAAGAGUUUUCCCGCGGAACUUUAUUGAAGAACUCGCGUAUAUUGUUUAUCUACCGCAUUUCGUGUUUUAUAACUCUUAAAGUGUGAAACUUUCGUUGAACAUGAACAGUUAGUUGUUUGUUAAAAGUUUUAAGUUUCCAUGUUAUCUAAAUUUAAAUAGAGACUAAAGUAUAGAGAAACUUGUGUAAGCGCGAUGGGGUGGUGGGACAACCACUGCCACUGUGGCAAGUGGAUUAUUUUACCGGUUUUGCUGUUUUGGAGUUGCCUACUGAUUAGUGCUGAUACGCAAAAGUUGGCUUUGGGAUCUGGCGAUCCCACCGGUGUGAUAUGCCCUCCAGGAAUGUUCAAGUGCCCAGAGGGCAAGUGUAUACCCUCACAAUGGGUGUGCAACUACCAGAAAGACUGUGAAAAGGGAGAGGAUGAGUUCCAACAGUGUACUCCUCCAGACUGCGAACAAGGCGAGCUGACCUGUAGACAAUAUAUCUUUAAUAAGACAUACUGUAUUCCUCCUCACUACAGAUGUGAUAUGAAUGUAGAUUGUAUAGAUGGAUCAGACGAAUCGGAAUGCACUUACAGAAAAUGCCAACCAGAAGACUUCCACUGUGGCCCAAAAGCUUCCGAUCCCUGUGUACCAAAAGAAAAAAAAUGCGACGGCUACCUGGAUUGCAGAAGUGGAAAGGACGAGGAUGGCUGCCCGGGAGUUUCUUGUCAGUUAAACGAGUUUAGAUGCGCAAAUGGGCAAAGAUGUAUCUCGGCUUCCGAAAAGUGCGACCACCACAACGACUGUGGCGACAACAGCGACGAAUUAGGUUGCAAUUUCCCGGUAUGCCACGGAGUCCAGUUCCGUUGUGCGAACGCCCUCUGUAUUCCCGGUGCGUUCCACUGCGACGGCUACCAAGACUGCAGCGACGGAUCCGAUGAAGUGAACUGCACUACAAUAGCGUGUCCCGACGACAAGUUCUUGUGCCCCAAAGGGUCUCCACAGGGCACCCACAAAUGCAUUCCGAAAUCCAAACUUUGCGACGGCAAAAAUGAUUGUGAGGAUCAUGCGGACGAGGAGGCCGCUUGUUCGAAAUUGGCUUGUCCCUUGAUGAAAUGCGAACAUAAGUGUCAGGCUUCAUUGACAGGGGGACAAUGUUACUGCCCCACAGGCAAAACUCUGGCCGCAGAUAAUCGCACUUGCGCGGAUAGAGACGAAUGCUCGUUAUGGGGCUAUUGCGAUCAACUGUGCACGAACACACCGGGGAGCUACAGCUGUAGCUGCGUCCCCGGAUACGUGCUCACCGAUAACAACAGAUGCGUGGCCAGAGAUUCCAAUCUUAUGCAAUUGUAUUUCGCUCACGAAAAGAGUAUUUUUGUUAUCAAUUCGUCUGGUAGCGUGGUCAGUACCGUUGUGAAUACCACUGGGGCGAGCGGCCUGGAUUUUCAUUAUAGGAGGAAUUUGUUAUACUGGAGUGAUUAUAAGACUAAAAGGAUAUAUUCCAGACCAUUAAAAUCUGGCACGAAUUAUUCCCCAAUAGAACGCGACAUAUCUCUACCAGGCACAUGGCUCCCUGUAGCAAUAGCGGUGGAUUGGGUGGGAGACAAGCUGUAUGUAGCUGACGCUAUCGGUCAAAAAAUCGACGUGUUUGAGCUGCAAGACAACGGAAAAGCUAGAUCUCACGCUAUAGUGCUAAGUUCUAACUUAACCAACCCCGCUGAUAUCGCGUUAGACCCGUUGGUGGGGCUGAUGUUCAUUGCUGACAGUUCUCAAGUUCUCAGAGCCAAUAUGGACGGCACCAAUGCUAUUUCCAUUGUCUUUGAGGCAGCAUACAGAGCCUCCGGUAUCGCUGUGGAUAUCAUAUCGAAAAGGGUGUUUUGGUGUGAUUCUUUACUGGAUUAUAUUGAAACUGUUGACUAUGAGGGACAGAAAAGGUUUUUAGUGGUUAGAGGCCAACCGGUUCCUUCCCCGUCUCGUUUGGCUCUUUUUGAAAAUCGUGUUUACUGGACGGAUAGUACCAAGCAAGGCGUGAUGUCUGUGGAUAAAUUUGAAAGUACUAGUAUCCAAAGCAUUUAUAGGAUGAAAGAAAUACGCGACCCGAAAGCAAUUAAGGCGGUUCACGGUUUGGUGCAACGGGAAGUCAAUAAUCCUUGUGGACAUAACAAUGGUGGCUGUCAGCAUAUGUGUAUAGUCACCCAGAUUCAGGUUAUGAAGGCAAGGUACCACCCUAUCCUAGGUUAUAGAUGCGCCUGUAAUAUUGGCUAUAAACUUCUUUUGGACGAACAGACUUGCGAUUUGGUUGACGAUUUUCUUAUGUAUUCCCAACAAAGGUUUAUUAAGGGCAAAGUUCUGGACCCCGUGAUAGAAGGAUUUAGUGAUGCUAUUUUACCGGUAGUAUCAAAAAGAGCCAGAUUUGUUGGUCUGGACUUUGACGCUAGUGACGAUCAAAUUUACUACUCCGACGUCCUCCAGGACGUGAUCUAUCGCGUAAAUCGUAACGGCGACUCCAAAGAAAUAGUUUUGGCAUCCCAAAACGAAGGCGUAGAAGGCCUUGCCGUGGAUUGGGCUGCCAAGAAUUUGUAUUAUAUCGAUAGCAGGAAAGGAACUUUAAAUGUGUUAUCCACCAGAAAUGUUACAUACAGAAGGACGUUAUUGAAGAACUUAAAGAGACCUAGGGCCAUCGUGGUGCACGCAAAUAGGGGAUAUCUGUUUUUCUCUGAGUGGGAUCGACCUGCUAAUAUUUCAAGGGCAUUUACUGAUGGUACAAACUUGACGGUUUUUAAGAACCUGACGUUAGGAUGGCCUAAUGGUUUGUCCAUCGAUUUUGAAACCGAUAGGCUCUACUGGUGCGAUGCUCUUCUCGAUCACGUUCAGCAUUCAAAUUUGGAUGGAACUGAUAUAAAAACCGUAAAUUCGAGACUUAUUCGGCAUCCUUUUAGCAUUGUAAUCUAUAAGGAUUACAUGUACAUAACAGACUGGAGGUUGGACGCCAUCAUACGUUUACAUAAGCUCACCGGUGAGGGUGAGGAGACUUUAGUAAGAGAGCCGCAGACUAACCGGUUAUACGGCGUGAAAAUUUACUCGAGGAGCGAGCAAAAUGUUACGGAAAAUCAUCCUUGUCACAUGAACAACGGGGAAUGUCAGAAGUUGUGUUUUGCUAUACCGAGAAUUGAGGGAGGAUUGAUAUCCAAGUGUGGUUGUCCCUAUGGAGAAAGAUUACUGGAAGACCAAAAAACAUGCCAAGCAGACCCUAACCACGAACCUCCAGUACAAGCGUGUCCAAACAGUUGGGACUUCACCUGUAACAACCAAAGAUGCAUUCCAAAGUCCUGGGUUUGUGACGGAGACGAUGACUGUCUGGAUAACAGCGAUGAAGAACAAAAUUGUACUAAGCCUACAUGCAACGCCCAAGAAUUCCAAUGUAAAUCGGGACGUUGUAUACCUUUAACCUUCAAAUGUGAUGCCGAAAACGACUGUGGAGACUUUAGCGACGAAACUGGUUGUGUUAACGUGACUUGCAGUUCAACCCAGUUCCAUUGCGACAAUGGCCGUUGUAUACCCAGCAGCUGGAAAUGCGAUUCGGAAAAUGACUGCGGCGAUGGCAGUGACGAAGGGGACUCGUGCGCGGAGAAAACUUGCGCUUACUUCCAAUUUACUUGUCCGAGAACUGGACAUUGUAUUCCGCAAAAUUGGGUAUGCGAUGGAGACGACGACUGUUUCGACAAACAGGACGAACAAGAUUGUCCACCGAUAACCUGCAAAGCGAACCAGUUUAAAUGCGCGGAUCUCAGACAGUGCGUCCAAGAAAAUUUCAAAUGCGACGGCAUACCAGACUGUAACGAUGGAAGCGACGAACUCGGAUGCCCUUCGAUAGCGCCCAACCAAUGCAACUUAGAGAAACAAUUUCAGUGCGUCUCUUCUGGUAUAUGCGUGCCGAAAUCGUGGCAUUGCGAUGGCACUCCCGAUUGCGACGACCGUUCGGACGAGCCCGAAUCUUGUGGAAACAUCGAUUGUCCUACUAAUUUCCAUAAGUGUAAUAACAGCCAAUGUAUUUUUAAGGCAUACAUUUGCGACGGAAAACCAGACUGCGAAGAUGGGUCUGAUGAAAGCUAUAUUCACGCUUGUAAGAAACCCCCAUUCAGAUGUCCUUCUGGCCAAUGGUCCUGUCCAGGCGUAACAGACCGUUGCGUCAAUCUGACUAAUGUGUGUGACGGUAAACCGGACUGUCCCAACGGUUUAGAUGAAGGAUCAGCCUGCGAUUUUGCGGAAUGCGAACACCAAACUGGGUUGUGUUCUAAUGGAUGUAAACAAACUCCAUCCGGAGCGCUAUGUUUGUGCCCAGAGGGCGAAACUCUAAUGAGCGACGGACGUAACUGCGAAGACUUAAACGAAUGCGAUCCCCCAGGUCUGUGCUCUCAAAGCUGUACCAACACGAAAGGUUCUUAUUUCUGCAGCUGUGUCCCUGGAUAUCUUUUAGAACCCAACAAACAUUCUUGCAAAGCGUAUAAUCAUUCGUCUGCCUUCCUGAUUAUCUCCAAUCGACACUCAAUCCUUGUGGCUGAUUUAAAGGACCAGGGUUUGGAAAGGGUGCCAAUUAUUGUGGAAAAUGUUGUGGCAACUGCGUCGAACAUGCACAGCGGGACGAUUUUCUGGUCCGACAUGAAAUUGAAGAAAAUAUCGAAAUUGGAUAGAAACAGUGUACCGGUGGACAUUAUAUCCACUGGACUGGAUUUGGUGGAGGGCCUGGCUUAUGAUUGGAUAGGAGGGAAUAUUUAUUGGUUGGAUUCUAAGUUAAAUACUAUAGAAGUGUCCAAAGAGAAUGGUCUAAAUAGGAUUGUGCUGGUUAAGGAGAAUAUUACGCAACCCAGAGGCAUGUGUCUUGAUCCUAAACCUGGGGCAAGAUGGCUUUUCUGGACCGACUGGGGUGAACAUCCCCGUAUAGAGCGUAUAGGCAUGGACGGAACCAACCGUUCGGUGAUCAUAAACACAAAAAUAUACUGGCCCAACGGUUUGACGCUAGACACCACUACAAACAGGGUUUACUUUGCCGAUUCCAAGUUGGACUUUAUAGAUUUUUGUAACUACGACGGCACAGGGCGUCAAAACGUUUUAGCGGGCAGCCAUUACCUUUUACACCCGCAUUCGUUGACCAUUUUUGAGGAUACAUUAUACUGGACCGAUCGGCAAUUGAAUAGGGUGCUAUCGGCACAUAAGUUUAGAGGAAACAAUCAGACGGUCGUAUCACAUUUGAUAUCGCAACCGUUAAGUAUACACGUUCACCAUCCGAGUUUACAACCGAUUACUGAGAAUCCGUGUGGGCAGGCGCGUUGUGAUCAUUUGUGUUUGGCUAGUCCCAGUACGCCAACUGGUUAUUCAUGUAAGUGCAAAGCAGGAUACAAACUAACACCCGAGGGGCGUUGUAUAGAAGACGAUACACCAUUUAUUCUCCUAAUGAAAGGCGGCCAAAUAGUCGACACUAAUCUAAACCCUAAAGACAAUAUUGCCGGAAUCGUGUCUCCCAUUGUGGGCAUAGAAAAUGGUAAACAGUUGGAGUACGAUAAGAAAACUAACUCCAUUUACUGGUUGGAAGGCAAAGGAGAUGACGAAGAUAAUUGUACUUUAUGGACGACUGCUUUGGGAGGUGGCAACAAAACGCAGGUGCUAAGCGCAAACAAUGGUAUUGUAGGUGCUCCUAGUGCAAUAGCAUUUGAUUGGCUCGGACGAAAUUUGUAUGUCGCCAAUAAACUGGCUAGUAACUUUGAGGUUAUCCGGAUAGAUGGCAAAGUUCGACAUAGAACAAUCAUUCUGGCAAACGACGGCAACACAACAUCAGUCUCGGACCCAAGAGCUAUCUGCCUAGACCCAACAGAGGGAAAAUUAUAUUGGACCGACAGAGGUGGCAACGGUGUUCCUCAGAAAAUCGGAAAAGUUAACAUGGACGGCUCCAAUCCAAUCACCCUCGUAGACGACGACAUAGAACGUCCCGAAGCCAUAACGAUUGACAUCGAAUCAAAAACUAUUUACUUCAGCACCCAAUACCCUCCGAGAAUUCAAAGUAUCGAUACUUUCGGAGGUAGACGCACGACAAUAUUAACCGAAGCGAACGAUAUAGCACUACCAAAAGCGAUACAAGUAAUGGGCAGCAGAUUGUACUAUCUCGACCCUACGUAUGAAAAGAUGGUGCAGGUGGCGCUACCGUCCGGUAGCAGUCCCAGAAUAAUGCUGGAAAACGAGCCGGAAUUGAGGACUUUUAUCAUUUUUAAAAAGAGACCGUCAGUGGACCACCCUUGUCUCAUUAAUAACGGGGGCUGCGAACAAAUUUGUAUACCGGGAGAGGCGAGGAGUUUCAAGUGUAUGUGCAGCAUCGGUUACAAAGGGAAUGGUAAUAGUUGCUCUCCGCAAAAGACUUUUGCUGUUGUUACACAGUUGGAUAAGGCCCGCGGAUAUAACUUAAAAGACUCUUCAGAAGCAAUGGUACCUAUAACAGGCCAAGGACAUCAUAUCCUGCACGUUGAUCUUCACUUUGCCGAAAAUUGGAUCUACUGGGUUGAAUUCAACAGAGGUUUCUGGAAUGGUAUAUUUAGAAUUAGACCCAAUGGCACAGAACAACAGCAAAUAAUCAAAGACGGUAUUGGAAGUAACGGAAUUCGGGGAUUGGCCAUUGACUGGAUCGCCGGCAACUUAUACUUUACUAACGUGUUUCCUCAUGAGAAUUAUUUGGAAGUAAGCUGGCUGGAUGGAACUAAUAGGAAAGUCUUGGUUAAAACGACCAUUGAUGCCCCGAGGGAGCUGGCUGUUAAUCCUAUCAAGAGGAUUUUAUACUGGAUCGAUUAUGGACAAUAUCCAAGGAUCGGCCGGGCAAACCUUGAUGGCACUGGAUGGACCCCUCUUGUCACCUCUGGCAUCAGUAAUCCUAGGGAUUUAACCAUUGACAUGAACACCCACGAUGUUUACUGGGUAGAUGCAAAACUUGAUAUGAUACAAAGGAUUUCUUUCAGUGGGGGAAGCCGGGAAGUUAUUAGACGUAAUCUUCCAAACCCAAUGGGCAUUGCCGUAUACAAAAGCGACAUCUACUGGGUGGACCGCAACUUGGGCGGAGUAUUUAAAGCGUCAAAGCUGCCCAGGAACACAACCGUACCCACCAGAGUGCGCACAAAUCUGGCCAAACUACGCGAUAUCGCCAUAUUUGAUAUCACCAAUCAGCCAAGUGACGAUAGUGUACCUUGUAGGAAGUUGGGCAAUGGUGGUUGUGAGCAACUAUGUUUCUCUUAUCCGGUUGAGAGUUUAACGGGAGGCACAAACACUAAGACUUAUAAGUGCGAUUGUGCUACUGGAACCCUUGCUGCCGAUGGUCGUAAGUGCGAGUCGGUCAACGAAUACAUAGUUUUCUCCACCCGCACCGAAGUACGAUCGAUAAGCCUAGAUCCUCAAGCCACCACCUUGCCAUUCUCACCUGUUGCUAACCUUUCCAACGUGGUGGGUAUUGAUUUUGACUACAAACAUCAGACCUUACUUUUUACCCAGAUCAGACCUUGGGCCAGAAUUGCGAGUAUGCCUGCUGGGAAUCCUUCAUUCAAGAAUAUUAACGUCAUUAAGAAUAAAGGAAUAAAUCCAGAAGGCAUCGCAUAUGACUGGACCCAACAAAAAAUUUACUGGACAGACUCGUCUAAUAGAAGCAUUUACGCCAUGAACUUGGACGGUUCUGAUUUGGUGAUGAUUACUAGAGUAGAAAGGCCUCGAGCAAUAGUUAUUGACCCUUGUAACGGCACUUUAUUCUAUACCGACUGGGGUAAAUUUGGUACAGCAGGAAAGAUUCUCCGUACAACAAUGGCUGGCUCACUAAAAAAAGUAAUCAUUGACAAAGACCUGGCUCAGCCUAGUGGUUUGGCCAUAGAUUACGAUGACAGCAUGCUCUACUGGACCGAUGCCGUACGAGAAAAAAUCGAAAGAAGCGACUUGGAGGGGCACAACAGGGAAGUUUUGGUGGCAGCCACCAUAUAUCCCUUCUCCAUAACAGUUUUCGGGGAAUUCAUUUAUUGGACAGACCUGCAACUGAGAGGGGUUUAUAGGGCGGAAAAACACACCGGGGCCAAUAUGGUUGAGAUGGUUAAGAGGCUCGAGGACAGUCCUAGGGACAUCCAGGUUUAUUCUACUAAACGUCAGUUGUGCAACGUGAACCCUUGUCACAUUAAUAAUGGAGGGUGUGCGCAGAGCUGUCAUCCAGGACCGAACUUUAAACCUGAAUGUCGGUGCGAUGACAAUACUAAGCUAGUAAACGAAGGCAGAAUGUGUGUCGCUAAGAACCUAACCUGUGAUUCCAGUAAAUUUUAUUGUGGAAAUGGAAGAUGUAUUUCUAAAAUGUGGGCUUGUGAUGGAGAAGAUGAUUGUGGAGAUAAUUCUGAUGAGGAUUCUAACUAUUGUGCUUUCCAUUCAUGCUCUCCCAACGAAUUCCGCUGCAACAACGGCCGUUGCAUCUUCCAAUCCUGGAAAUGCGACCACGAAAACGAUUGCAAAGACGGUUCCGACGAAGAAAAUUGCAAUUAUCCCCCUUGUGCCGACGGCGAGUUCACUUGUCUUAACCACAGGUGCAUACCAAUGGCUCAGGUCUGUAACGGUGUGAACGACUGUAAGGAUAACAUCACCUCCGACGAGACUCAUGAAAGGUGCGGUCACAACACGACUUGUCCCCCGAAACAUCUAAAAUGCGAAAACACCAAUAUUUGCGUGGAGCCUUAUUGGUUAUGCGAUGGCGAUAACGAUUGUGGAGAUAAUUCGGAUGAAAAUGCGCUUCACUGCUCACAAAGGACAUGCCCUCAGAACAGUUUCAGAUGUUCAAAUCAUCGUUGCAUCCCUGCCACCUGGUACUGUGACGGGGACGACGAUUGCGGAGAUGGAGCAGACGAACCGCCAGAAUACUGCAAGAGUGACGGCAGAACUUGCUUCGGAGACCUCUUUACUUGUGAUAACGGCAACUGCAUCCCUAGAAUUUACAUUUGCGACGGAGAUAACGAUUGCCUCGAUAAUAGUGACGAAGAUAGUCGACACGAGUGCAAUGAUAGAAAAUGCGACGAUGAAAACGAAUUCACAUGCGAAGCGAAUAAAGCCUGGGGCAGGGCGCAGUGUAUACCGAAGAAGUGGUUGUGCGACGGCGACCCGGAUUGUAUCGACGGAGCCGACGAAAAUGCCACUUUACAUCAUUGCGCCACACCGCAGCCGUGUAGCGACGAACAAUUUACUUGUGGCAAUGGACGGUGUAUUAAUAAGGGUUGGUUGUGUGACCACGACAAUGACUGUGGUGAUGGCACGGAUGAAGGCAAAGAUUGCAACUCUCAGUACAAGUCUUGCGGUACCAAUGAGUUCACUUGCCAGAACUUUAAAUGUAUUAGGAAUCAGUACCGGUGCGACGGGGAGGAUGAUUGUGGCGACCAUUCGGACGAAGUUAAUUGCAAAAAAGAAAACGCCACCUGCCCGAAUUCGUCACAGUUCCGUUGCAAUAAUGGCCAGUGCAUCGACGGACAUCUCGUCUGCAACAAAGUGUCAGACUGUAGCGACGACUCAGAUGAACCACCUCAUUGCAACGUCGAUGAAUGCGCCAAAGUGGAAGUGCACCAAUGUGGACACAAGUGUAUCGACACCCUUACUGGGUACAAUUGCGAGUGUAAUACUGGAUACAAACUCCUAGAAGAUGGCAAAGCAUGCGCAGACGUAGACGAAUGCAUCGAAACCCCGGGAGUAUGUUCGCAAUACUGCUCAAACACCCCUGGCAGUUUCUACUGUAAAUGCAACGAACAAUUUUACGAAAGGGAAGCGGAUGAGCAUACGUGCAAGAGAAAAGAUAAAAUUGAACCUUGGCUGGUGUUCACCAAUAAAUAUUAUAUCAGGAACAUCUCUGUGGAUGCGAAAAUUUACAAUCUGGUGCACCAGGACCUAAUGAACGUGGUGGCGUUGGACUUUGAUUAUCAAGAAAAUAAGAUGUACUUCGGGGAUGUUACAGCUAAGACCAUUUUUAGAUCUACCAUUGGUUCUAACGAUAGAGAGGCGGUUAUUAGGCACGAUUCUCAUGGUUUGGAAGGCAUUUCUAUUGACUGGAUUGGAAGAAAACUUUACUGGUUGGAUCGACACUCCAAGAACCUAGAUGUCGCCGAACUGAAUGGUACAAACAGAAAAACCCUUAAAACAGCUAUUGCGGACCCAAGAGCUUUGGUGGUUCACCCUGGUACGGGAUACUUAUAUUUCACUUCUUGGCAUCUGCAAGCUUAUAUCGGCAAACUGGGUAUGGACGGAUCCAAUUUUACAAGAAUCCUUACUUGGAACGACGAUAUUGCUUGGCCCAAUGCUUUGACCAUUGACUUCUUUACCGAUCGGCUAUACUUUGCUGAUGCACAUUUAGAUUAUAUUGCGUUUACCGACUUGGAAGGCCGUCACAGGCACGUAGUGUUAUCAGGAAACUCUGUGCCUCACGUGUUUGCCAUCACCUUAUUCGAUGAUUACGUUUACUGGACAGACUGGAACCUUAAGGCUAUUUCUAGGGCUAAUAAAUUCACGGGAAAAGACUUUAAGAUCUUAAGAAAUACCACUCAUAAGCCUUAUGACAUCCACAUCAUGCAUCCCCUAAGACAACUCCCUUAUAAUAGCUCUUGCAAACAGAAUAACGGAGGUUGUUCGCAUCUUUGUUUGAUUGCGCCCCCGCCUGCUUCUAGUUAUUUGAAUAUUGACGGAUAUGGGGAAGAAGGAGAGACUGGUUAUACUUGUGCAUGUCCCAACCAGUUCUAUCUAGGUCCGGAUCAUAAGACCUGUAUAGCCAAUUGUACUGAAGGGCAAUGGCAAUGCGGAGGAAGUGACGAAAAAUGUAUUCCGUGGUUCUGGAAAUGUGAUGGUGAAAAGGACUGUAAAGACGGCUCCGACGAGCCAAGCACUUGUCCUCCGAGACAAUGCAGAAACGGUACGUUCCAGUGCAAGAACAACAACUGUACUCCCUCUGCCACGAUCUGCGACGGGGAAGAUGAUUGCGGCGAUAAUUCUGAUGAGGAAAAUUGCGAUAAGGAGUGUCCCGAGUUAGAAAUGAAAUGCAGAUCGAACGGUCGUUGCAUCCUUAACAGUUGGAAAUGUGACGGAGAUGCCGAUUGCAAAGACGGAUCUGACGAAGAUCCCGCCAUCUGUCAUAAUAGGAAGUGCGAUGAGGAAUCGGAAUUCGCUUGCAAGAAUGGUAAAUGUAUUCCCAAGCUCUGGAUGUGCGACUUCGACAAUGAUUGUGGAGACGAUUCUGACGAACCUGCUUAUAUGUGUAGACAAAGGAAUUGCACUACCGGAUGGCAGAGAUGUCCUGGAAGGACUAACUACAGGUGUAUUCCAAAAUGGCUUUUCUGCGAUGGCAAAGACGAUUGUCGCGACAACAGCGACGAACUAGCGGAAAAUUGUCCAUCUUGUAAUGCUGAAACGGACUUCAAGUGCAAAAACAACAGAUGCGUGCCCAAACAGUGGACCUGUGACUUCUCCGAUGACUGUGGAGAUGGCAGUGACGAACUGGAGGACCUGUGCAAAGGGGUUUACAGGAAAUGCUCGGAAUCCGAAUUCCAAUGCACCAACGGCAAAUGCAUCUCGUCAAGGUGGAGAUGCGACCAUGAAGACGAUUGCGGCGAUAACUCAGACGAAUUGGGAUGCAGCGGAUUCCAGUGUAAAAAUGGCACAUUCCAAUGUGACAGCGGCCACUGCAUCGCCUCAUACUUCAGAUGCGACGGAGACAGAGACUGUCGCGACAUGUCCGAUGAAAAGAAUUGCCCGCCAAAAUAUCCGGGCGGACGCUACUGUCCAGAAUCGAAAUUCCAAUGCGACAACCACUUGUGUAUCAGCCAAGGGGAUUUGUGCGACGGCGCGGACGAUUGCGGCGAUAAUUCCGACGAGGCGCCCUCGUUAUGUAACAACUUCAACUGCGACAGCUUAAGACGAUUCCAAUGCAAUAACCAUAAGUGCAUACCGAGAUAUCAACUGUGCGACGGAAUAGACAAUUGCGGCGACGGAUCUGACGAGAACAACAUGACUUUAUGCGCGAGGAAAAUUAAACCGUGCAACGUUUUUACCGAGUUUAAGUGCGCCAACGAUAAAUGCAUCGAGAAGAAGCAAAUCUGUGAUUUUGCCGACGAUUGCGGGGAUGGUAGUGACGAGCUUGGGUGUCAUCAUAAUAAUGUUUGCACUGAUUUGACUAGAGGAGGUUGUGAACAUUCUUGUAUGAAUCUGACUGGGAACGGUUAUAUUUGCGUAUGUUUCUCGGGCUUUAUAAUAUCGAAAGAAAACAGAAAAAUUUGCUUGGAUGUGGACGAGUGCAGUACCGGACAGCAUCACUGCUCUCAAGUUUGCACUAAUCUUAACGGCACAUAUUCGUGCUCUUGUAGAGAUGGAUUUAGAUUGUCUGAUCAACUUUCUGGAGUAUGCAGGGCUAACCGAGAAAAUUCCGAAAUUCUCUUCGCAAAUGGUCCUGAAAUCCGCGCCUUAGACCUCCUUCACAACGAGGAAAAAGGCGUCAUCGCUGAAGAAAAACGAAUCGAAGCGGUGGACUAUAACCCUCUCACAAAAAUGGUCUUUUGGGCCGACUCCUACGAUAAAACAAUCAAAAGAAGUUAUUUGCCUUCAGCCCAAAACGGCGAUGUAAAAACCGGUUUCGCUCAGGAUCUGGAAAUGAAGGGCAGCUCGAAACCAACAGCUUUAGCGGUGGACUGGGUGGCCGACAACUUAUAUUGGGCGGAAAGUGAUAAGGCCGGAUCGAAACCAAAGGGUAGAGUAAUGGUCGCGAGGACAGACGGACGUUAUCGGAGGGCUUUAGUAAAUGUUGGCCUAGAAAACCCGACGUCACUCGUCCUCGAUCCCCAGUUGGGAAGAAUGUUCUGGACCGAUUCAGGAUCUGCACCGAAAAUAGAAGUGGCUUGGAUGGACGGAUCCAAGCGGCGUCCAUUAAUUACUGACGAAAUCAGACAUCCCACCGGUCUUACCAUCGAUUACGCUAUGGGACACACGCUGUACUGGGUGGACACUAAAUUGAAUACCAUCGAGUCUAUGAGGCCAGACGGGUCACAAAGAAAAGUUAUACUCAAAGGGGACAUACUAAAACACCCCAUAUCCCUAGAUGUUUUCGAAUCAAACCUUUACUGGAUAACCAAAGAUACGGGCGAAAUUGUAAAACAAGACAAGUUUGGCCGUGGAGUCCCAGUUACGGUGCAAAGAGACUUGUUAAAUCCGUCUAGCGUUAAAGUGUAUCACGAUCUUAAGUACAACACGUCCCUCCCGAAUGCUUGUAAAAAUAAUCAAUGCUCGCAUUUGUGCUUGAUCGUGCCGAAUGGUCACAGGUGCUCUUGUCCGGACUCUGCCUCGAUGCCUGCGCAUAAAACUAAAGCUGAAAUCAUUUGUGAUGCUCCGGCAGAAAUCGCAAAACCUCUCCCAAGAGUCUGCAGAUGUCAAAACGGUGGAUUAUGCAGAGAAGAUCCGGAGGGCGAGCUGGUAUGCGAGUGCCUCGAAAACUACCAAGGCCAAUACUGUGACAUCCUCACUGCUCACGGUAGUAUGGGCGGAGCGGGUACCGCAACUGCCGUUAUAGUGCCUAUUGUGGUCAUUUUGUUGAUCCUCGGAGCCGCUACUGGAGUAUGGUUCUUUAUUCGUAAAAGACCCUUUGGUAAAGGUGUAGGCCUUGGUUCCUUAGCGAGCAGCCAAAGUGUUUCCUUCCGGCAAGGAACCAACGUGGAAUUCGGUACAAACAGUUUUAACGGUGCGUCGGGAGGACCUCCGGAAACGUUGGACGUGGCAGCGUAUAAUUUGGACACGGUCAAUCCGAAAAACCGAGAUUUCCAUAAUCCCAUGUACGAUGCCGUGCAAAAUAAUCCCGAAAUGGUUGGAAAUGGCAGUGGAGGAGCACUCUAUGAAGUCUCAGAACUGUCGAGGCCAAAGUCUGAUACAUUUACCGAGCCGCCGAGUGCAGUGAUUGCGCCAUCUAGCGUGACGCAUAAGUCUUCACCACAAUUACAAGUAAAACACAAAGAGUUAAAUCCGGCACACCAUGACACGGGCAAGGAUACUCAAAAACUGGUGGAGGAGGACUGCUGAUACAGGGCGUUCAUGAGAAAACGACACCGUCUUUUCCCGAACGUUCACCCGAAACCCAAAACUUUUAGUAUCAUGUAAACGCGAUAAUUUAUUUUUAAUUUUAGUGGUGGGCCUCAACAACGUAAAAAUAUUUUUUUUUAGAUUUAGUGUUAGAUCUGAAUGUCAUUAAUUUAAAAUAACGUUCCUUGUAUAGAGUUGAGCAUCGACGAACGAAUUGAAAUUUCGCUAAAUCGACCUAAGGAGACACCAUCUGUGAUUUUUAUAUAAAUAUUUUAAACUAUGUGUAUUAUCAAAGUUGAACAUUCCAAACUAUAUAUUCCAUACUAUCUAUAUUAUACUAAAUUAGGAAGCGAGAGAGAGGUAAUAAUAUAUUUUUGUAUUUUAGUAACUUUGGAAAAUAAUUGACCUGUUACAUUUUUUGGAUUGAACGUAGAGGAGUGCCAUUAUUUAUCAAAAGAGCAGGUUUAGGAAAAAUUAACUCGAUUUGUAAAUACAUGUAAGACUAUACGCCAUUUUGUCAAAUUCCCGCCUAAUAUUUACAUAAUUUAUGUAUAAACGCCCGUCCAGCAAAGUUUCUUUUCCAAAAACAAAUAAGUUAAUACGCUAAAAAAUUUUAUCAACUUGUUAUUUAAUUCUUAUAGGUUUAUUUAAAUAUAAAUAAAUAAGUUUAAUAAACCAACUUUGUUAAAUAUUACAGUAUAUCCCAAAUAUGUCCAUUUGAGAUAAACUGUCUGUAUGUUAUUAUUAUUGUUUGUAGACCUUUUAAAAACCCGAUUUCGUUAACAUAUUGUACUUAAGGUAAGUAAUAAUAAUAUUAAUGAGGUUCUUAAAAGGUUUUUUCAUAGUUUUGUUGCAAAUAUGUUUUUAUAUUUGUAAAUAUUUUUAUUGGGAACAAACUUCUAGGCUUUAACGAAAUAAAAAGAUUGUUUUAA